UAGCGGUGGAUGUUCUCGGCUGAAUCCAUUUUCAAUACGUUUGACAGAUGACGGAUCGCCAGUGUUUGGCGAUUUCGACUAAGUGAGAAUUGUGCGAUCAGAACGACAUGGAAGCGGUACCGAGAUUGCCGAUGAUAUGGUUCCAUCUGAAGGUUAGCCCGGAGCCCACCACUUUCGGACCAAAACUCAAACAGUACAUACGAGACUUUUAUAAUGAGGACCCCGAGUCGUACACGAACGAGAUACAUCAAUUGGAGAGUCUACGUUCGAUGGCGGUUAGACCACCUAUAGAUGUGGCUGGUUGUGUGGUCUUGAAGAAAUAUUACUGCCAGUUGCAUUUCCUUCAGAGUAGAUUUCCUAUGGGCAAAGAUGGUGCCGCUGCGGUUACAUUUACUUGGAGAGACACAUAUGCAAACAUGGCUUGUUCAUUGGCUAACAUACGUUUUGAAAUAAUAUCUAUUUUGUACAAUAUUGGCGCACUGCAUACCCAAUUGGGCUGGCGAACAGAAAGAAUCAGCGCUGACGGCAUGAAGAUAGCAUGCACCCACUUCCAAUGUGCAGCUUGGGCUUUUGAACAUUUGAAGAACAGUUACCCACAGCCUUCUGGUGUGGACCUGGCGCCGGAGUUAAUGACCUUCAUGCAUCAGCUUUGUCUGGCCCAAGCUCAAGAAUGCAUAUUGGAGAAGAGCAUGCUGGAUAAUCGCAAGCCGACGAUCGUUGCAAAAGUCGCAAGGCAAAUAGUAGAUUACUUCACACUGGCGUUAAACACGUUGGAGCAAGGCGGAGGCGAAGAUGGUACUAUAAGCGAUACGGUGGGCCCCAAAUGUUAUAGGUGUUGGAAAUAUUACGUCAAUUUUAAGAAGGCGUAUCACUUGGCGAUUACAUAUCUUUAUCAAGGCCUUGCCGCUGAAGAACAGAGAAAGAUGGGAGAACGAGUAGCUUUUUAUAAUUAUGCGUUAAUGUCCCUUGGUGAUGCACAUGAAAUUUAUUCGCACGCUAAAGGGGCGAUAGGUAUGGCUACCUCGACGAAGGGGAAAACCCUGGUGGAGGAAGCACUCACGUUCACCAACGAUGUGAUAGAAGGCAAGAGGAAAGCUGCCAAGAACGAAAACGAGUUUAUCUACCACGAAGAAGUGCCGGAGAAAGAAAUGCUUCCACCAGUGAAAGGUGCUUCUCUAGUUAAAGGCGUGUCAUUUAAUAUAAAUGAUCCGGAAGUCUCGGGAUCAGAUAUAUUUGCGAGAUUAGUUCCUAUGAAGGUGCACGAAGCAAGUUCUCUUUAUUCAGAAGAGAAGGCCAAAAUACUGCGUUCCAUCGGGACUAAAAUCGACGAGAAAGAUCAAUAUCUCAACACUUACCUGACUUCCUUGAAACUUGAACACAUGAACUUAUGGGAUCCUGACACACAAACGUCGGAUUGGGAAUGUUUACCCCUCCCCGAGGAGCUAGUCGAACGAUGCGCAGCGCUCAAUGCCAAACAGAACGUCAUUCAGGAUCUGGUAGAUAUUAUGGGGAAGCUGUCUGAAACAAGCCAAGAUGUCGAGAGAGUGCUGAAAGAGAUAUCGAAACUUCUGUUGGACGAGGAAUUGAAAGAAAAGCAAUACCAAGAUGCAGUGGGUAAGAGGCCACCAUCCAUAGUAGCGACCGACUUAACUAGAGAAGCCAAAAAGUACGAAGAGGCGCAUAACAAAGCUUCCGAGAGUAACCAGGCUCUUCAUAAAGCGAUCACAAUGCACGUGAAGAACUUGAAGAUCCUUGCGCAGCCAUUAGCUGACCUGAUGGCGCAUAUCCCUUCGCCAAGCGCAUAUUUGCCAGAUCAAGGUUCUGAAAAAUCGCAAAAUUCAAAGGAGAUAGAAAAGAUGCAUACUAAGGAACUGAAGCGCAUAUUAAGCAAAGUAGAAGAGAUGCGAAUGCAGAGGCACGACUUACACACCAAGUUGCGAGACUCGAUCGCCCAGGAUGACCUGACGCGUUUACUAGUCACGGCGACCUCCGAGUCCAGUCCUCUGGACCGUUUAUUCGCGGACCAGCUUAGCAAGCAUGAGAGUCUGGUGAACUUAAUAGAACAAAAUCUCGCCGCACAAGACAACAUACUGGCGGCUCUGACCGAUGUGUACGCGCAGACGGCGAACGUGCGGAAGAACGUCGAGGAGAUCCUGAAGCGGCGGGAGAUGACGAUCUCCUCCCUGAUGGCGUCCUAUGACGCGUACGAGGACCUGCUGGCAAAAUCGAGCAAGGGCUUGGAAUUCUACAGGAAGCUGGAGAUCAACGUGUCGAAGUUGCUGCAGCGAGUGAAGAGCACGUGCAAAGUGCAAGAGGAGGAACGGGAGCAGAUACUCGCGCAGGACAGCAAGAACGAGAAGACCGAGGCGACGACGUCGUCGACUUACGAGCAGACGCGUCCUCCGCGAUCCAAUGGCCUGAAGCUGAAGGAUUACCUGAACAACCGGGUCGAGGGCGGCACCGGCUACCAGAAUCCUUACUACAAUCUCUACAAAGGACACGUUUCGGCUAUGCAAGUGGACUCGAAGGUAUUACCGACCACCGACCUGGCGGACAAAGGCCAGCCGUCCGAGAUCCCGUCCUCGUCGGUGAAGUCCUCGCACUAUUACCCGGCGACCUACGCGGACUACAGGGGCACUGGUGGCGGGCCGUAUUCCUACAACACUCAGACCUACUACGAGAACCCGAUCGUCAAUAGCGCCAUGAAUCAGAGCUACCUGCCAGCCACCAGCACGAUCGCCACGAGCGUCUACCAGCAGCCGAUCUUCUCCGCUUCUGCAAGCACUUCGGGCUACCCUGCGAGCUCCUACUUGCCGAACGGACAACCCGGCACGUCCGGCGACGGGCAGGACAAGUACCGAGGUGCGUCGCAGCCCGCUUCUUACAACACCGUCUCCAACAGCGCUCUGCAGUACGACGCGUAUCACCAGCCGGGUUACAACAGCUACAACGUCGCCACGCCGUACGCCCCUAAUCAGGACAAGCUGAAGAGCGGCACACCGGAGGUACCAUCGCAGGCCUCCACGAUGAGCGUCACCGUGGACGGCCAGAGCCCCUACGUCGUGCAGCAAGAUCCGCAGUACGACGGGCAGAAGGAGAUGCCCGGCCAGAGCGUAGUGAGACCUCAGCUCCCGGCGAAGGAUGCACCGGCUCAGAACUACUCGUUGGCCGGUAGCCAAGCCGACAUGGCGUACCCGCAGACUUACCCGAGCGCGUACUACAACCCGGCGGAACUCCAGGCGACUCAGCGAGCCUACGACACGACGCAGUACAUCCAGGGUGGCGGCGGCAACCAGCAGCCGGUGAACCCCGCGCAAUACCCGCAGCAGAGCACGGAUCAAAGCAAGCAGCCGUACGCCUCCUACGGCGGCCAACAGAUGAACCCUGCUCCGGGAACUUACCCGAGUACUUAUCAGAAUUACCAGGCCACUUCCGCCACACCGUAUCAGCAGCAGACCGGCCUGCCGGCCGCGGACGCGACCUACGUUUACUUGAACAGCUCGAGCGGCUCGGAGAUGAUCCAGAGCCACGCGAAGCCGACGACGGUGCAGAGUUAUUCGCAGUCGUACCCGUACUCGCAUCAGGACGUUUACGGCUACGCCCAGUACCCGGGCUACUCGCAGACGCAGAAUUACGCGUACAUGCAGCAGCAGCCGAUGACGUACACGUACAACCCUGCUGGCCAAGGCUACGCUUACCCGGCCAAUAAUGCUCAGACCACGCAGGUCCCUCAGACGAUGGAGGCGGUCUCGCCCGCCACCGUCACCGGCGGCUAUCAGCAGCAAGAGACGAACGCGAGAUACACGAACGCCGGCAACAACGCCGUGGUCACCCAGACGGCGUCCUCGCAGUACAGUCAGGUGCCUCAGAGCCAAAACGGAAGCGAUACGUAUUACACCACGCCUUAUGGUCUUCAGAUGCAGCAGGGUCAAGUGGGCUCAGUCCCGAGACCUGAAAAUCACAACAAUUACAAUCAGACGUACAUGCAGGCGGCGAACAACGGGACGAACACGACGACGAGCGCGAAUCCGAUGAAACUCACCAUCAAGUCCGACGAGCCGAAAUCAAACGUCGACCUCUUGUCCGACCUCGACAUCACCAUAAAUCACGCGCCCCUCGUGCCGGAAGUGCGGCCUCUGUCCACGGUGCAGAAGAAAGAAGAGGCAGCGACGGGCGAAACCGCGGAAAAUGGCAAGGCGGAGAAGAGCGAGCAGGAUAAAGCCCAGAAGACUGAACCGGAAGCGACAGCUUCCACCGAGGACAAGACCGACCACGAGAACUUGCAGAUCGUGUGGGACACCUGGUACAACGACGUGCAGCCGAAAAAGGAUCCCCUGGGCGAGCCGGUGGCGCUACAGAAAUUCAUCAAUGACGUCGAGAAGUACGAGAAAUUUGUGGACAGUUUGCUGGUGAAGACUCUCAGCGGGGCUACGAAUCUUGACAUCAAGUGGAAGGAAGUACAAGACUUCGAGGAACGGGAGAAUGGAAAGCAAUCGAGCACCGUGGCGUUGGCUCACUCGUCCGAGAAUCGUGCAGUUGAUUGCAUUCCGUACGAUACGACGCGAGUGCUGAUAUCCUCGCCGGACGUCUCGUCGUACAUCAACGCGUCGCACGUCAUGGAGAUCACGCAGUGGAUACCCACGGCAUUUAUUAUCACUCAGACGCCUCUGCCGGAUAAACUGGACGUCUUCUGGACGAUGAUCUGGGAACAAGAAAGCGAAGUUAUCGCUUGCUUAGCGUCCGACGCUCAGCUAAAUGGCGAGUUAUACUGGCCCAUGAGUGAAGAGAACAACUUAGAUAUAGAAAAUUUUGCAAUUUCGCUAAAGAAGACGGUGAACCAUACAACCUACGUUCAAAGAAUCCUCUCCGUGCAUCACAACAAGAAGAAAAUCGAGAGGGUAGUUGUACACAUGCAGUUCCUUGUGUGGCCUUCGAACGGUUUUCCGAGCAGUCCCGGCACCUUACUUGGAUUCUCCACCGACGUGAUGACAGAACAGGCGUUGAGACGUUGCUCUCCCAAGCCAGUGGUCGUGCAUUGUUUGGACGGUGGUUCUUUGAGCAGUUUAUUCUUAGUAGCUGCUGCAACAGUAUGCCACAUUCGGGCGGGUUGCGGAAUCGUGAACGUGCCGCUGGUCUUUAAGGGCCUGGCGAAGUGUCGCAAACAGGUCGUCAAUAAGGAGUCGUUGCUGUUCGCAUACAGACUAGUUUUGUACCACGCUCAGGACAUUUUAAUGAAACGCGGUAUUUUGUCUUCUACUCGAUCCACGUUUGAGAAUUUCGACGGAUUCAAAGGGAACAAGGAGAAGGCGUCGAGGAGGCUGCAGUGCCACCCGUCUGACGAUUUUCUGCACAAUCUUGGCGUCGGAAUGCAUCGUCCUGAUCCUGAACAAGGAAAGACACAAGCGAAUGACAACGCGAUCAGUUCAGCAUCGCAAGAGAAAAAUACUGACGGAGUCGUUGAUCCUUUGAGCCAAUUGGAUCCCCUGUGGUCUAUCAGAAGAUAAUUAUACGCUGCUAGGAAUGCGCGGAUUUCGCUGUGCAGCUUCAAAUCGACGAUUAUUUAGAUAGCCAUCCCUAUAUCUUUGUUGAAAUGAUUGCGCGAGAGUGGCGAGCUACAAAGUAUGUAUAAAUGUUGCAACGGAACUAGAACAACAACUCAUCUAAAUUAGCCUCGAAAUAAAAGACAUUUAUUCAAGUAUUUCCUAAUCCUUAAGUUUUAAGGGUUUACAAUCUGUUAAAUAUAUAUAUAGAAUAAAAAAUAUAAAACGCAUGCUCUCCUACUCGCAUUCAUUUCCAUAUUUAUACAUCUCGUGUGGCCUAAGCGCAAUGCAAUCUAAUUGCACUGCUUCGUUCGAAUUUCAUUAUAUUUAGGCUGUAAUGUACGUUAAUCCACCUAUAAGAUAGUCUCGCAUUUAUUUGACGUCUUAGUACCAACUUAAACACACUCGUGUGAACACGCCUCGUGUCACCACAAGCAAUAGCGUAAUAUAAUGUAAACCCGAUGAAAUAUUUAUUUACGACACGAUUUCGGCGAAUAAAGAUGCUUUCGUUAAUAGAACUGUUCAACACUAGCGCAUUGGAUGCGACGUGCAUGUCUGUCACACAAACGAUCCUUUUUACCUAUAUUGAAAAUCUACGCGAGUGUCCGUAAACAAUUAUGUCACCCCUAAUUAAUUAGUCAUGUGUCGAACGUCAUGACUUUAAUCGAGAUACAAUGCCGGGGAGAGGGAUGCACGCUAAACGCCGGAAUUCCGAUAAACUGUAUAUAGCAGUAUUUAUAUUUAAUAUCGUUGUUCGUAUGUUCACGGCGAGAUUUUAUCUAGAAAAAUUUCGGUUACACUGGAUUAUAUCGGGAUGAACACGCCACACAAGCGCGUGCCCAUCGCGGAACUCGUGCGCAAGUGAAUAUAAAUGUAAAAAAGAGAGAAAGAAGACACGUUGUAACGUAUAAUAAACCUUUUAACGAUA